AAGUAGCCAUGGUAAUCAAAGUUCUGAGAGCAUUGUGUUUUUAGCCCCACCUCUUGUAAUGGUACAACCCAAGUAUCUCAUGUAAACUGUUGCUGUUUACAGUUUUGCGCUUCUCCUGCAACCAUGAGUAUGCUCAGGCUUCAGAAGAGGUUGGCAUCCAAUGUCUUGCGCUGUGGUAAAAAGAAAGUGUGGUUGGACCCAAACGAGACCAAUGAAAUUGCCAAUGCAAACUCCAGGCAGCAGAUUCGUAAGCUGGUGAAGGACGGACUGAUCAUUAAAAAGCCCGUAACGGUUCACUCCCAUGCCCGCUGUCGCAAGAACACACUGGCUCGAAGGAAGGGCCGCCACACAGGCAUUGGUAAGAGGAAGGGCACAGCAAACGCUCGCAUGCCAGAGAAGCUGUGCUGGAUGAGACGGAUGCGAAUUCUGCGCAGGCUGCUCACACGCUACAGAGAGGGCAAGAAGAUCGACAGACACAUGUACCACAUCCUGUAUCUGAAGGUGAAGGGAAAUGUGUUCAAGAACAAGCGGAUAUUGAUGGAACAUAUUCACAAGCUCAAAGCCGACCUGGCUCGCAAGAAACACCUGGCUCACCAAGCAGAAGCUCGUCGCUCAAAGACGAGAGAGGCCCGCAAAAGGCGAGAAGAAAGACUUCAGGCCAAGAAGGAAGAGAUCAUCAAGAACCUCUCCAAAGAAGAUGAGACCAAAACCAAAAAAUAAGUUUUCUUAUUCUCUUUCCUUCUACAUGUAAUCCUCUGUUAUACAAAAUCAAUUGAUUUAAAAUAAACAUACAGUUGAAAACUUUUCA